AUGUCAAAAAAUACAAAGGGAAAGUUUUUUGGGGGGAUUCCUUGGAGGUACAAAACCCAAGGUGUUGGUUUUCCGCCCCCAACUUCAUAUACUCUCCCCCUGACACUUCAUAUGAUUGGUGCACUAGGAGAUAUCAAAUAUCAAACCUUGAAUGAUUACACACAAGAAAGCUCUGAAGCAGCAAAGGAGGAUUUGUUUGUAUUCGCCGAUGCAAAACCUGGAUAUAAAAUCUUUGACUCUAAUGCGUUGUAA